AUGAAGGACACGGGGGACUCAAAGGACCACCAACUUACUGUUGCCUUGAGGAUCCGACCCCUCAGCGAUGCUGAGCAGGAGGAGGCGGCUACGAUCGUGGCCCACAGAGUGGACGACCAGAUGGUGGUUCUGAUGGACCCCAUGGAGGACCCGGACGACAUCCUGCGUGCCAACCGCUCCAGGGAGAAGACUUACAUGUUCGACGUGGCGUUCGACUACUCAGCCAGUCAGGCGGAGGUGUACCGAGCUACAACCAAAGGCCUGAUUGAGGGCCUCAUAUCAGGCUACAACGCCACUGUGUUUGCCUACGGACCCACAGGUUGUGGGAAGACAUACACCAUGUUGGGGACAGACAAGGAGCCAGGCAUCUACGUUCGAACGUUAAACGACCUGUUCCGUGCCAUUGAGGAAACCAGUGACGACAUGCUGUACAGCGUCUCCAUGUCCUAUCUGGAGAUCUACAAUGAGAUGAUCCGUGAUCUGCUGAACCCGUCUUCGGGUUUCUUGGACCUGAGAGAAGACUCAAAGGGAGUGAUUCAGGUUGCAGGCAUCACGGAAGUGUCUACCAUUAAUGCCCAAGAGAUCAUGGAACUGCUGAUGAAGGGGAACAAACAGCGCACCCAGGAGCCCACAGCCGCCAAUCAGACGUCGUCUCGCUCCCACGCCGUGCUGCAGGUGGCCGUCAAGCAGCAGAGCCGCUGUCGAGACAUUCUGCAGGAGGUCCGCUUCGCGCGCCUCUUCAUGAUCGACCUUGCCGGCUCUGAACGAGCAGCUCAGACUCAGAACAGGGGUCAGCGGUUGAAAGAGGGGGCCCACAUCAACCGCUCCCUACUGGCUUUGGGCAACUGCAUCAAUGCCCUGAGCGACAAAAAUGGCAACAAGUACGUCAACUAUCGAGACAGCAAGUUGACGCGCCUGCUAAAGGACUCGUUGGGCGGGAACAGCCGAACUGUCAUGAUAGCCCACAUUAGCCCCGCCUCUGUGGCUUUUGAGGAGUCUCGUAACACACUGACGUACGCUGACCGUGCCAAAAGUAUUCGAACACGGGUAAAGAAGAACCUGAUAAAUGUGUCGUACCACAUUGCUCAAUACACCAACAUCAUCUCAGACCUGCGCUGCGAGAUCCAGCGGCUCAAGAAAAAGAUUGCUGAUCAGGCGAGCCGCCAGGUCAACUCAGAUCGGGCUGACAUCCGCCACGUCCAGGCUGAAGUCCAGGCCCACUCCAGCCAGCAGAGUCGGGCGGAGAUGGAUCAGUUGAGGGAGCAGCUCUUGGAUGCCUUCCGCCAGCAGAUGGAGAUCAGGAAGAGCCUGAUGGAGCUAGAAAACAGCAACAUGGAGAUCCAGAUCGACACCUCCAGACACCUGCUAACCAUUGCAGACUGGGAGCAGGAGCGGAGCAGGCGCAGGAGGAAAUGGCGUGCAGAAAGGAGAAAGGAAAGUGUCAAUAAGGAUGAAAGUGAGAAGGACUCUGACUCCCCGGAGUCUCCCCCUGACAGCAGUGAGACGCAGGAGGUGGCGAUGGCCCGAGAAAAUCUGGUCACACUCAUGGCCGAACAGAAAAGGAUUCACAAACAGAAGGCGUUGCUCGAGCGUAGGUUUCUGGAGCUCCGAGAUCGCGCCCGUCGCUUGGAGGAGCUGCUGCCUCGGAGGGUGAGCUCAGAGGAGCAGCGCGAGGUGCUGGGCCUCCUCUGCAAGGUCCACGAACUGGAGAUCGAAAACGCAGAGAUGCAGUCUCAUGCGCUGCUCAAGGACAACGUCAUCCGGCAGAAGAACUUUGUGGUGCAGCGCUUCGAGCAGCACAGACACCUGUGUGACGAGAUCAUUCAGCAGCAGAGACGGUUCAUUGAUGACCACAGUCUGCUAGUACCCUCCCACCUCCAGGAGCUGUAUGAUAUCUACAUGAGGGAACUGGAUGAGAGGAAGCUGGACAGAGCCAUGGCCCUGGAUAAGGUGACCACCAAACACACCAUCAAGGAGGGAUCUUUACCCAAGAUCAGCCUGCCCAGUCAGGGUCGCGACAACAUGCAGGACAUGGACUCAGACCAGGAGAGUGUCCGCAACGUGUGCCCUGAUAACAGACGAGGCCAAGCCAAAAUUCGCAGACACACCUUGCCACCCAUUCUGCCAGAGCCUGAGCUGGACAAUAACAGAGUGUUUAAGAGCAGCCCUCACGCCAGGCAGAUGAAAAACUCAGCUGUAAUGACGCCGCCUCCCAUCCACAUUAAUGGGAAAGGCAACAGAGAGCUGCAGCCUCUGGCUCCUGAGAGCUCUCUGAGCUACAGUCACCUCAGCCACAGUGUCAGCAGCCACCUGGACUCGUCACCUGAGAGCAGCGAGGCCGGGGCCGACGUCCCCCUUUCACGAAAUGAGCGGCAGCAGAUCCUAAAGGGCGUCCAGAACAUUGUAGUGAAAGCAGCCCGUCGACGCUCCAAAGCCCUGGAGCUGGACGCUUUGCGGUUACACCCUCCCCCCUCUCCCCUGGACCACAAGAAGCAGAAAAGCAGCCUGUCUUUGAGCGAGGCGCCCCCUAGAGGUUUACCGUUGCGGCGCGGCAGGCAGCCCAGCCCUGAGCUCAGACACGCCACCUCGGACGACAACCUGUCCAGCAGCACCGGGGAGGGACCCGGCCUGCAGGUGACCUGGACGCGCCCACGCAACCGUCAGGUCGCCGCCAAGAACCAAACGCCCAGAGAAGUGGACUUCGAAGCUCGCCGCAAGAAGAGGCGCUCACGCUCCUUCGAGGUCACUGGUCAAGCACUCCCUCAAACCAAGACAACCACAGCUCAGAGGUUCCGCCCUCUGGACAGCACAUCAGACCCCCACCUCCACAUCAACGGUCAGCCCCAGGCUCCUAUGCUUCGUCCCCAGUUCAGAGGGGUCCCUCCUCUUGCCAAAGUCAGGGCACCCCACAACAGCCAGCAAACAGGCUCGAAUGCAGAGUCCUCCACAGCCCACAUGAAUAACCUGAAGCGAGGGCCCCAGCUGCGGCAGCCCCAGCCCCUCCUCUACAUCACCACCACAGGCACUGGGGGCCAGCGCACUCGGAGACACUGAGCCAUCGCCCCCGUCCACCCUCCACACCAGCACUAACACCCAAACCAGCUGAGCCUGAAAGGGAGAGCACCCACACCCACCCUCAGCACAGAUUAAAAUGAACACUUAACCCCUCAGUGAGUGACAUUAGGCAUGAUUGCGAGGCAAUAUGAUGGAGACUUAACCAGACAGGAGCUGGAUACCUCCACACAGGUCUCCUCUGUGCUUUACUGAGCAAUGGCGCUGACAGGCUCUGAAACCUACAAGCCUACAGAUGCCAAAGACUGCUAGACGUACAGUGCGUGUUCUGUUCUGUCACGUGUUUCCCCUUUAAAGCUUGCUGUCGUGCUGAAUUACUUGUUAUCGUCAAGUCGGGAUGGUGUCAAGCUCAUUAUGAAUGCAACACUGUACUAAUGUUUGUACAUUAUGAGUAUAUAUAGUCUGGUAACCUUCAGUACUUGUUAUGAAGGCCAGAAACAGAGACAUUAAGCUAAUGAGGGAUGUUUAUGGGGCUAAACCUCACAGUAAUGAUGUAAAUGAGUGUUGAGGGAUAAAGGAUGAAAAAACAUUGAAAGGAUAUUACACUAAUGGCAGUGUGAGAACUGUAUAAUGAGCAAAGGCCUACCGUCAAAAUGUUUCGGUAUCAGUAUGUUUCUUGUAGUAAGGUUGUUUCAAUUUAAUGACACACAUAUAUUUGAGUAAAAAAAAAUAUACUUGAUCAUCUUGAUUGUUGUGCACUUCUGGAUUUAAACCCAACCUUGUAUUCUCACAUGCCCCAGGUCUAUGCCUUUUCUUACCCAAACUUGACUGUUAAAUGUCAUAUGCUCUGUUUGUGUAGAUAAUACCACAGGUUAGUUGGCUGUAUUUUUAAUGAAUUAUUUAACUGUUGCCUUUUCUUUUAUGUUGUUG